AUGGAGUCCCUCUUCUCCCCCCUCCCAACAGCACUACGCUCCACGACACCUCCAAACGCUCCCACCACAGACUUUGACGUGAUCGAAGCGCAAAAGGAGAACAUCCGCCCAACACCGGCAGGUAGGUCCGCUGCGACCCUCUCCACCCUGUUGGACAAGGAUGCGGUAGCGGAUCAGCGCAUACAAGAAGGGCAUGAGCGCUUCCGACGACAAAUAGCUGAGGCGGAAAGAAGGGAGCUGGAAGGAGAGGAUAUGGAGGAUGGAGUACUGGACGUGCUGGACGUGCACAAUCGAUAUGUCGCCUUCAAUGUCGAACAUCAUCCGACAUCCUCUAAUCAUCUCAUACCGCUACUGGAGAAUACGACGAGGAAGUUUGUAGCGGAUGACCGGUACAACCAGGACCUACGACAUCUGAAGCUAUGGGUACAGUAUGUUCGCCUGAUUGAGCGAAGGGAGGAGGUUUGGGCGUUUCUCGAGUCGCGGGACAUUGGGACUAAGCACUCGCUGUUCUAUGAAGAGUGGGCGAUGGCUCUGGAGUCAUUGGGCAGGAAGAAGAAGGCCGACGAGGUGUUCAAGCUCGGUAUAGCCCGGAAAGCUCAACCACUCGAGAAGCUCAAAGCGCGUCAUGCAUCCUUCCUCGAGCGCAUCAUGGCCGUCAACGGCGUCAUACCAGAGGACGAACCCGUUCAGCUCUCAGCAUCAGCAGCUUCCCGCACUCCCGGUCGAGCCAUCCUUGGGCAAUCAGCAACCGGCGGACCGUCUAGCAGUAUCGCCGGUGCGGUGCAGCUUGCCCCCAGUCUACGGGAGUCUACCAAGAACAACGGCUCGAGGAUGGCCAUCUUUUCGGAUGAUGGUCGGCCGGCUGAGCCUGCUGAUUCGGGAGAAUGGGCGGACUUUGGAACGAGGGAUAGUAGGCGGAAAGAGAAUGUUGUGGAGGCGACGCCAUGGAAGGGAGAGACGAUGCCUCAGAGUGCGGCGAAGCUGCGAAUAGCGCCGAGGACACCAAAGAUUGAGGUCUUCAAGGAAACUGAUGUGGAUAACGCAGCCAUCCGACCCGCACACAACAUCUUCAGCCGGUCUCGACAACCACCGACCGAAGCCGAGCUCAUCAAGUCCGAUCCGCUGCGGUACUAUAAUCUCGCUUCCGUCCCUGCCGAUACUCCCGCGCCAUCCAUGCCCCCACCUCCCUCCGCUCGCAAAGCACCUCGCCCAAAACCAUCAGGUUCCGGGUUCCGACCUACCACCUGGGAGUUUCCAACGGACGGGCCAGAAACCAAGGACUCAAAGGGCAGGGUGAAGGAGCGCAGGGUGUUUGACUGGGAUCAGGUGUAUAAGAAUGGGGAGGAGUGGAGCUUUGAGGAGGUACGGGCGAGGCAGAGGGGUGUAUUGGGCAAGGAGUGGAGGGGGGAGGUACAGGCUUGGGAGCGCACUUGGCAUGCGCCUGGAGCAACUACACCGAAAAAGGCAGAAAAGAAGGCCAGACCACCGUCUCCGACCGUCAACACGAAGCUGGCGAAUCGGGAAAUUGCAGCCAUGUUCGACCAGACCAUCCAUGGCGGGAAAGUACGCGACUCUGACUCCGAGUCAAGCGAUUCUGACUCGGACGAGGAGGGGGCUCAGCCCGUUGCCGUAGGGCCUACGCCUCUCCCGCCAAGUCGGCCGGUCUCUAUGCCUACCCCCCUACACUCGGCCGUACCUCCAACACCUACUCCCGCCUCGCACGCACCCACAAACGGCCGUCUCAAUAUCUUUGCGGACGAGAACAACGUCCCUGGUUCAGCUAUCAAGCCGGGCAAGAUCAACGUCUUUGCCGAGACACCAGCCCGGACCCCUCUUUCUGCUCGUCCGGCUCCCGAGGGGUCGGCGAAACGAGGGGGAUUCGGGAUCUUCUCGGAUGAGGAUGCUGGGGGUGUCACUGAGACGCCUUCAGCUAGCCGUCAGCACUCCAACCCGUUCGCCACGCCCGCUACGGGCCGGCCUGGUCCAGCGAGGCAGAUGCUGGUUUCGACGAUCCACGAGGCUGAUGAGGCGGAAGAGGCGGAGGUAGCGGAGGAGGAGCAGGUGCUACCUGCAGCAGAGGAGGAGUACACCCAGGAGCGGAUAGGAGAGGAGGAGGAGGCUGAAGAAGACGUGCCAAGGCGGAGAGGAGGGCGGAUACCGAACUUCGCACUCAUGACGCCCAUUACGGAACGGACGUGCGAGUAUACCUCACAUACCCAGUUCUCCUCUCUCUCCGGUAGCGUCCUAGGUCAGUCUACUCGUCGGACCAGUACCGCGCUCGACCAGCCCAUCUCGGAGCAGGACGAGAAUGCGCCACCCCCAACGAUGGGCUACGUCGAUACCACCUCGCCGGUGCAGAACGAGUUUGACCGGUCGGUCUCGGUCGACCCACCGUUCAAGAUGCCGGAAGGCUUCACUAUCCACGGGGCGACCGAGAACUUUGAUCGGUCCAUGGCCAUCACCGACCGGCCAGAGACCGGGAGGCUCUCGCGCGGUCUGUCUCCUGCCGUCCUGGCUGAGGAGGCGGAUAGCGAGGAGACGGGCCCCUUCGUCACCGCCACAGCUGGUCUGCCUGAUAUCGGCAAUGCCGGCGACCUCCCGAAUCCCUGCAAUCCGGGUGACGAGCAGGUUGUCAAGACCCUCCUUGCCCGGAUUGAGCCGCCUCUGGCAUCACUACCGGGUUUCGUCGAUCGGCGCUCGGAGACCUUCGGGAAGCUCGCACUGCUUCAGAAGCACAGCAAGGCCAAGCUGCGUCGCGCGAGCCAGACGAGCCGGUCGUCCACGGCGGGAGGAGACGACUGCCUCGACCUGGAGCUCGCGGGUCGGAGCUUCGAGGUUGUCGAUAAAAUAGGAGAGGGCGGAUUCGGGGCGGUCUUCCUCGCUAUCGACCUGGCGAAGCGAGAAGAGGCAGACGCUAGGUCAGAUGACGAGGACGAAGAGGAUGAAGAGGGAUUCAUGCUCGCGAUCAAGGUCGAAUCGCCCCCCUCCAUCUGGGAAGCCGUCAUCGUUGACCGGAUCCACACUCGCCUACCACCCUCCCUGCGCGCCGGUAUCGUCCGCACCAAGGAGCUCUACGCUUUCGCGGACGAGUCUUACCUCCUCCUCGAGUACUCGUCCCAGGGCACACUACUUGACCUCGUCAACAAGGCGACCCAGCUGUCUAUCGCCCCAGCCACCGCGGGCGCCCCAGCGGCAGUGGAUGAGCUCCUCGCUAUCUUCUUCAUAAUUGAGCUCCUGCGGCUCGUCGAGUCCCUCCACUCCUCCGGCUUCAUCCACGGCGAUCUCAAAAUCGACAACUGCCUCGUCCGGCUCGACGCGACCGCCCCCGGAGAGACGUGGUCCAUGCAGUACUCUGCGAGCGGGGAGAGCGGGUGGAGCAAGAAGGGGGUGAAGCUCAUUGACUUUGGAAGAGGGGUGGACAUGACCCUUUUCCCAGCGGGCGAGAAGCAGACCUUCGUUGCGGACUGGCCGCAUGACCAGAGGGACUGUAGGGAGAUGAGGGAGGGCAAGGCAUGGAGCUACCAGACGGACUAUGCGGGUCUGGCGAGUGUGGCGUAUUGCCUCUUGUUUGGGAAGUAUAUCCAGACGGAGGUUGUUGGAGAUCGAUGCAAGAUCACCACUCCGCUCAAGCGGUACUGGCAGACUGAGAUAUGGACGGAGCUGUUCGAUACCUUGCUCAACUCGACCACUGUCCGCUCGGACCGAUCUCUCCCUAUCACGUCGGAACUCGGCGCUAUCCGGACCAAAUUCGAGACGUGGCUGGAGGAGAAUUGCCAGAAGAACGGCAAGAAUCUCAAGGCGAUGUUGAAAAAGAUUGAGAGUGCGGCGUUGGCGGGUCGGAGGGUAUAG